AUGUCGACACCUGCUUUCACGGCUCCGGUGGCCGAUAUGCACCGUCCGAUACACCAGGCGAAGGGCUCUUCCGCCGAGUCUGAAGCUGCUACCUUUUGGGAGAAUGUAGUGCUAAAUUCUGCGGCGAGUAUAGCAGGAGUCGGGUCUGCGAUCAGCGCAGCGUUCAAGCCCGCUCCUGAAAUCGGAGCAACAGCCGUCGCAACUGGCUUGCAAACCGACUCAGUCAUCGAGAAGAUUCUUGCGCAUCGUCGUGAUCACAGUUGUGACACUCGUUUCGAGAUGAACGUCCUUUGGGAGGGGGGAAGGGAGAGCUGGACGCCUGAGAUCGAACUUCAGAAAGAUCAUGCGUUGACGCUGUUCGCGUACUGGAGUUCAAUGGCGGGCGGACGGGAGAGCGCUAUGGUAGACCGGGAGUUAUGGCACGUUUUCAAAAUUGUGUCCUGCAGGACGAAUGCCAGUGGCAAUACCGACUUCCGGGUCGCCUGGGUUGGAUCUCCUGAAAGGUCGUGGGAGCCAGAAGCGACUAUACGGGAUGCUGACGGCGAACUUGUGGAACAGUAUUGGGAGGCCAAGGGCGGCCGUGGAGAGGCAGGGAAGAAGUCCGCCGGGUCGAAAAGUUUCGUUGACGACGUAACCCGAGUGAUGGCCGGCAGGGGAAAGAUGGGGCGGGGGGCACCUCGUCGCCGGAGUGAAUGUCACAACUCCGAGCUAUCGAAGCAAUGA